AUGGAGGUUGAAUUUCUGAAGUGUCUUCAAAUACAAGAAAUUGAUGUUACAUGGACGUGGCAUGCACGGCUAGGACAUGUGAACUUUGGAGUCAUGAAGAAUAUGGUAGACAAGGAGAUGGUAGUAGGGAUGCCUCAGGUGAUAGACGAGAAAGAUGUAUGCAGCACCUGCUUAGUUGGGAAGCAAACUCGGAAGUCUUUCCCGCCUAAAGCAAAGUAUCGAGCAUCACACACAUUGGAGUUGGUACAUGAGAACAACGAUGCAAACCAAGACCAGCAUGUAACAUCAAGAUAUGGCCAUAACAUCAGAAAACCAAAACGGUUCAGUGAUUACAUCCUACUUGCUGAAGUUGAAGGUGGCAGACUCUUGCUGACCAUCGAUGGUGAACCAGAAAGUUACAUCGAAACUGCAGAGAUACAGGCUUGGAUCGAUGCAAUGAAGACAGAGAUUGAAUCUAUCAUCAAAACCAAGACCUGGAAGCUCGUCAAGAAGCCGACAGCAAGGCUAGUUGUAAAAGGCUAUGUGCAACAACAAGGCAUUGACUUCGACGAAGUGUUUGCACCAGUUGCUCUGAGAGUUUGGAACAUCAAACUCGACCGGAAAGAGAAGGGAGAGCUUCUGAUCAUAGCUAUAUACGUCGAUGACUUGUUUGUAACGGGGACUUCGCUCAAUGUUAUCAAGCAAUUCAAAGAUGAUAUGUCAAGAAGAUUUGAGAUGUCAGACCUCGGGAUGCUUACAUACUAUCUUGGUAUAGAAGUAACGCAAGGAGCUAAUGGCAUUCACAUCAAACAAGGAGGAUACGCGCAAGGUAUACUUGUCAAGACGAAGAUGGAGUCAAGUAACUAUAUUCACGUUUUGAUGCGCACGAGUUUGAAAGUAUCAAAGGCAGAGGAGCCUGAGAUUGAUGCAACAUCGUAUCGAAGCACCAUAGGAUGCUUAAGAGUCCAAGAGAGAGUCAUGGAGAAGCAGUGA